GGAAGCGGGGCCGUCACGUGGGGCGGCGUGGGCUGCUGCCUUGGAAACGCGGAGCCCGGGCUCCCAGCAAAAGCGCCAGGGCAGGGGUCUGCGUUGGAGGAAGGGACUGCUCCGGUGAUAGAAUGCUGUGCGUCGGAAGGCUGGGCGGCUUGGGAGCCAGAGCAGCAGCUCUGCCGCCCCGGCGGGCGGGCCGGGGAAGCCUCGAAGCCGGGAUCCGGGCCCGAAGGGUCAGCACCAGCUGGUCUCCCGUGGGCGCCGCCUUCAAUGUCAAGCCGCAGGGCAGCCGCUUGGACCUGUUCGGCGAGCGCCGGGGUCUUUUUGGAGUUCCUGAGCUGAGUGCCCCAGAAGGAUUUCAUAUUGCACAAGAAAAAGCCUUGAGAAAGACAGAAUUGCUUGUGGACCGUGCGUGUUCCACCCCACCUGGGCCCCAGACCGUGCUGAUCUUCGAUGAGCUCUCGGAUUCCUUGUGCAGAGUGGCCGACUUGGCUGAUUUUGUGAAAAUCGCUCACCCUGAGCCAGCAUUCAGAGAAGCUGCGGAAGAAGCUUGUAGAAGUAUUGGCACCAUGGUAGAGAAGUUGAACACAAAUGUGGAUUUAUAUCAAUGUUUGCAAAAAUUACUAGCUGAUAAAAAACUUGUGGAUUCCCUUGAUCCAGAAACAAGGCGAGUGGCUGAACUGUUUAUGUUUGAUUUUGAAAUUAGUGGAAUCCAUUUAGACAAAGAAAAGCGUAAAAGAGCAGUGGACCUCAAUGUUAAAAUCUUGGAUUUGAGUAGUACAUUUCUUAUGGGAACCAAUUUUCCCAACAAGAUUGAGAAGCAUCUCUUACCAGAACACAUUCGUCGUAACUUUACGUCUGUGGGGGAUCAUAUCAUAAUUGAUGGUCUCCACGCAGAAUCGCCAGAUGACUUGGUGCGAGAAGCUGCUUACAAAAUUUUUCUUUAUCCCAAUGCUGGUCAACUGAAAUGUUUAGAAGAAUUGCUCAGCAGCAGAGAUCUUCUGGCAAAGUUGGUGGGGUAUUCCACGUUUUCUCACAGGGCUCUCCAAGGAACUAUAGCGAAAAAUCCAGAGACUGUCAUGCAGUUCCUUGAAAAACUAUCUGACAAACUUUCUGAAAGAACUCUAAAAGAUUUUCAGAUGAUACGAGGGAUGAAAAUGAAACUGAAUCCUCAAAAUUCUGAAGUAAUGCCUUGGGACCCUCCCUACUACAGUGGUGUGAUUCGUGCAGAAAGGUAUAAUAUUGAGCCUAGCCUAUAUUGCCCGUUUUUCUCUCUUGGAGCAUGCAUGGAAGGCCUGAAUAUUUUGCUUAACAGACUGUUGGGGAUUUCAUUAUAUGCAGAGCAGCCUGCAAGAGGAGAGGUGUGGAGCGAAGAUGUCCGAAAACUGGCUGUCGUUCAUGAAUCUGAAGGAUUGUUGGGGUACAUUUACUGUGAUUUUUUUCAGCGAGCAGACAAACCACAUCAGGAUUGCCAUUUCACUAUCCGUGGAGGCAGACUAAAGGAAGAUGGAGACUAUCAACUCCCAGUUGUAGUUCUUAUGCUGAAUCUUCCCCGUUCCUCAAAGAGUUCUCCAACUUUGCUAACUCCUGGCAUGAUGGAAAAUCUUUUCCAUGAAAUGGGACAUGCCAUGCAUUCAAUGCUAGGACGUACUCGUUACCAACACGUCACUGGGACCAGGUGCCCUACUGAUUUUGCUGAGGUUCCUUCUAUUCUGAUGGAGUACUUUGCAAAUGAUUAUCGAGUAGUUAACCAAUUUGCCAGACAUUAUCAGACUGGACAGCCACUGCCAAAAAAUAUGGUGUCUCGUCUUUGUGAAUCUAAAAAGGUUUGUGCUGCAGCUGAUAUGCAACUUCAGGUCUUUUAUGCCACUCUGGAUCAAAUCUACCAUGGGAAGCAUCCCCUGAGGAAUUCAACCACAGACAUUCUCAAGGAAACACAAGAGAAAUUCUAUGGCCUACCAUACGUUCCAAAUACUGCCUGGCAGCUGCGAUUCAGCCACCUCGUGGGGUAUGGUGCUAAAUAUUACUCUUACCUCAUGUCCAGAGCGGUCGCCUCCAUGGUUUGGAAGGAGUGUUUUCUACAGGAUCCUUUCAACAGGGCUGCCGGGGAGCGCUAUCGCAGGGAGAUGCUGGCCCACGGUGGAGGCAGGGAGCCCAUGCUCAUGGUUGAAGGUAUGCUUCAGAAGUGUCCUUCUGUUGAUGACUUCGUAAGUGCCCUCGUUUCUGAUUUGGAUCUGGACUUUGAAACUUUCCUCAUGGAUUCUGAAUAACAGAAACACUCUACACCUCGUAAAUCAAGGUCAUGUAGAUAAUGACUUUGUUAUAGAUGCUACAGCUGUGAGAGCUUGUUUCUGAUUUCAGUGUUCACUUCUGUAAUUCUGAAAAACUUUAAACUGGUAGAACUUGGAAUAAAUAAUUUGUUUUAAUUA